UCCUCAUUUCGCCCGCAUACCCGUACACCGUCAUCUCCACUCGUAUAGUCCGCCGUAAUUAGCACACGCGAGCAGUCCGCGCGUGCUGCAGCGCGCCGCCGCCCGGGAGUAUGCCGCCCAAACGCAAGCUGCAGACAGCGGCCGAGGCCGAGGCCGAGGAUGCGUACGGAGAAGACGAUAUCGGUCCUAUGAGUGACCAGGAGACGUUUGAUACCCUCAAGGACCAGUUUGAUGUCAAAGCCAUGACCAAGCGGGCGCGAGCGGCACAGCCAAGGGAUGCAGCUGCUCAUCUGUUUAGGAAGUCUGAUCAGUCACACGCCCUCCUGAAGCCAGACCAGCAGAACCGCCCGCUCUGGGUCAACGAUGCUGGUGGCAUCAUUAUCGAGUCCUUCCACGCCCUCUUCGACGAGGCACAGGACUUUUUGAUCAACAUUGCUGAACCGCAAUCGCGCGUGUCAAAGAUGCACGAAUACCAGCUUACCACGCACAGCCUGUUUGCCGCCGUCAGUGUCGGUCACUCAAGUCAAGAGAUUAUCGACAAGCUGGACAGGUACUCGAAGACAGCCUUGUCAGAUUCUCUUAUUCAGUUCAUCGAAAAGUCCACGUCAGCUUUCGGCAAAGCGAAGAUCGUGCUGAAAAAGACACUCUCCUUCAUCGAAAGUGAAGAUCCUACCAUAUUGAAUAAGCUGCUUCGUGAUCCUAUCGUGGCCGAGUGCCGAGCAGAUCAGACCGACGGUCUGAUCAAAGAGGCCGCCCCAAAAAUUGGUCAGAUGGCGAUCCCAGGUACCAAGCUGGCGGCCGGAGCGAACCAGAAUGCACCAGCGGCUGGUGCGGAUCCAGCGCCAGCUGAAAUGAUUGCAACGCUGCGGGAAGAUGAUGACGAUGAUGAGGUGGCCCAAGUCCAUUCAUUCCAAAUCAAGAGUGAUGAAAGAGAACGAGUCGUCAAGCGCUGUCGAGCUAUAGGUCUCCCUCUCACUGAAGAGUACGACUUUAACAACGACAUGAAGAAUCCCAAUCUUGAAAUCGAUCUCAAGCCACAUGCUCAAAUUCGAUACUACCAGGAAAAAGCCCUGAGUAAAAUGUUCUCGAACUCGCGAGCGCGGUCAGGUAUUAUUGUCUUGCCCUGUGGCGCAGGUAAGACGCUUGUCGGCAUUACAGCAGCGUGCGGUGUGAAGAAGUCAGUCAUCGUUCUUUGUACCAGUGCUAUGAGUGUUGUCCAGUGGAGAGCCGAGUUCAUCAAAUGGUCAAACAUCAAUCCAGAGGAUAUUGCUGUCUUUACCGCGGACAACAAAAACGUCUUUCCCCGCAAUGCCGGUAUCAUCAUCAGUACAUAUUCCAUGAUCAGUACCGUUCAGAAACGAUCGUACGAUGCCGAGAAGGUCAUGACCUUCAUCAAAGAACGAGAAUGGGGGUUGCUGAUCGCCGAUGAAGUGCACGUUGUGCCCGCCAAUAUCUUCAAGAAAGUUACGUAUCAGAUUGCGUCGCAUGCAAAGCUAGGGCUGACCGCUACUCUACUGCGGGAAGACGACAAGAUCGAUGAUUUGAACUUCUUGGUCGGACCGAAACUCUACGAGGCCAACUGGCAGGAACUCUCAGAGCAGGGUCACAUCGCUCGAGUGCAGUGCGCCGAAGUGUGGUGCCAAAUGACACCUGAGUUUUACCAGGAAUGGCUCAAACCGGCGUCACUGCAGAAGCGAGCGCUCUUGUCUAUCAUGAACCCGCGAAAGUUCCAGGCAUGUCAGUUCCUUAUUGACUACCACGAGUCGCGAGGAGACAAGAUUAUCGUUUUCUCCGAUAACGUAUAUGCUUUGGAAAAAUACUCGAGAAAGCUAGGCAAAGCAUACAUCUACGGUGCUACACCACAGAACGAGCGCCUCCGCAUUCUCGAGAACUUCCAGCACAACCCGCUUGUUAAUACUAUCUUCCUCUCCAAGAUUGGCGAUACCAGUCUGGAUCUGCCCGAGGCCACAUGUCUCAUUCAGAUCUCUUCGCACUACGGCUCUCGUCGUCAGGAAGCCCAACGACUUGGUCGCAUUCUACGUGCGAAGCGUCGUAACGAUGAGGGUUUCAAUGCCUUCUUCUACUCACUUGUUUCCAAAGACACAGAUGAAAUGUUCUACUCUUCCAAACGACAGGCUUUCCUCGUCGAUCAAGGGUACGCCUUCAAAGUCAUCACGCGCCUCGAGGGAUUAGAGAAUCACGCCAACCUCGCCUUUAACACACCCCAAGACCGGCGCGAGCUCCUCAUGGACGUCCUGCUGACCAAGGACGAGGAUGCCAAAGCAGAAAUGAUUCAGGGCGACUCAUUUGGCUCGAGUUACGCGAGCACUAUUGGUAAGAAGAAGAAGGGCGGGGUCAGAAGAACUGCAGGUGCGCUCAGCGAGUACUCGGGCGGUCAGGAUAUGGCGUAUCUCGAGACGAACAAGAGCAGGAACAAAGAGCUGAAGGGUGUGAAGGGCGUGAAAAACUCGUUCCUCAAGAGUCUGGCUAGGAGUAGUGCUAAAAAGUAGAGUUAAGGCAUGGCAGUAGAAGCCAAUCGCAUUGAUACAGUGUCAAGCAGCUCAUGUUCUUCUUGGGUGUAGUGAGUAUAAUGAUCAUUGCAUCGCAGGUACUCUUCGUCGAACCUGGUUGGCGUAUCGCUUGCAACACAUACUAGUCAAACGUACCAAUACUUGAGAACCAUAUUUCAAUCGAAACCACAAGUUCGAUCAUCACCAGAACCAUCAACCAAGAUCCUCGCCUCCCAAAGCGGACGGGCGCAACCCCAAAACCGCAAACCUACCAGACCACGUCUACAACGCCACCGGGAAACCCCCACCCUCAUCACCAAUCCCACAGCGCCGCCCAAAUCCUUUCCGAGGUAUAG